CUGAAUGAAAGCUAAGGUUUAUCCAAGAAGUGGAUAGAUAUGUCGCUAUGUGCUUCUGUGGUUAAUUAUAAGUGUAAUACUUGAAAAUUAUUAAUAAAAAUAAAAAAGUUCAUUCAGUUCGUUUACGAACGAGAUGACGACAUGAACGAGAAGUAUCAGGUCCUUUCGUUCGUGUAUGAACGAUUGGUUCACGAACCACGCAGGUGCCGUCGGGGGCGCUAUAACAAAAGCAGUGAGGUUUUUUCCUCAUGGGUUGUGCGUUCUGAGCUACAGCGCUGGAGUGUUUACAUAUGCAGUAACGUGUUAAAUGCCGCACAACAUCAGUGUUCCCUUUACUUCUUUUAAAAAAUGGUGCUUCAUUUAAUGAAAUUCAUUUAAGUAGUUACGUUUCAUUGGUCAAAAUAGAGCUGUUAAAAUAUUAGCUGCGCACAAAACAACUGUAAACGAGUAAUAUUUCACAUCUGCUCACAUUAUAAACAAGAAUUAUUCAGACAUCAUCAUCUGCAGCAUGGAUCGCCUGGCGUCUUUUGGAAAUGACCUCUUCGAUAAUCCGCCCUGUCGUGGAUGCUCCUCUUAUCUAGUGGAGCCCUACAUAAAGUGUGCCGAAUGUGGCCCUUCACCUUUCCUUCUGUGUCUGCAGUGUUUUACCAGAGGAUAUGAAUAUAAAAAGCAUCAGAGUGACCACACAUAUGAAAUCAUGACAUCCGAUUUUCCCAUAUUAGAACCUGGCUGGACUGCUCAAGAAGAGAUGGCGCUUUUAGAAGCUGUUAUGGAUUGUGGAUUUGGUAACUGGCAGGAUGUGGCUUAUCAGAUGCGUACAAAGACCAAAGAGGAAUGUGAAGGUCACUACAUGAAGAACUUCAUCAACAAUCCUCUCUUCUCCUCCACUUUGCUCAGUCUCAGACAGAUGGAAGAACAUCUGUCCCGAACAGCAGACACAGCCAUUCCCUUUAAGCCAACAGAUGAUCCUCCAAGACCUUCAUUUGACUCACAGCUCUCCAGAGAUAUGGCUGGAUAUAUGCCAGCUCGAGCAGACUUCAUGGAGGAGUUUGAUAAUUAUGCUGAGUGGGAUUUGAAAGAUAUAGAUUUUGUGGAUGAUGACUCUGAUAUUCUUCAUGCUCUCAAAGUUGCAGUCGUGGAUAUUUAUCACUCCAGACUGAAGGAGAGGCAGAGAAGGAAGAAGAUCAUUCGGGAUCAUGGACUCAUCAACCUACGCAAGUUUCAGAUGUUGGAAAGGCGUUACCCUAAGGAAGUGCAAGACCUUUAUGAUGUCAUGAGACGCUUUGCCAGAGUGGUUGGACCCAUAGAGCACGACAAGUUCAUAGAGAGUCAUGCCUUGGAGUUUGAGCUGAGGAGAGAGAUCCACCGACUGCAGGAAUACAGGAGAGAGGGAAUUCAGUCCUUCUGCGGUGCUAAGGUAUACGAGCGUGUGAAAUGCACACGGGAGGACGAGCGUAGGAAAAGGAACAUGUUGUGUGAUAUUCUGCAGUACAUUCAUGACUCCCGUGCAUGCCAGCAGUGGCUACACAAACAGGCUGCCAUUGAUGCUGGAAUUACCCCUGUGGUGACCACCAUCACUACCUCAGGCAGAAGAAGUGCACCUCCUCUUAACUUGACAGGGCUUCCUGGCACAGAGAAACUCAACGAGAGAGAGAAAGAGUUAUGUCAGGUGGUUCGUCUUGUGCCUGGAGCGUAUCUGGAGUACAAACAGGCCCUGCUCAACGAGUGCAGGCGACAGGGGGGUCUACGGCUGGCGCAGGCCCGAUCGCUCAUCAAGAUAGAUGUCAACAAAACACGCAAAAUCUACGAUUUCCUUAUCAAAGAGGGCUACAUCAAUAAGGCUUAACUUUGAUUGAAGUCCUCCAAGGACAUCUGAUAGAAAUGAUGAAACGGCAUCGACAGAUGAAUGGAAUUUAAGUACUAGUUUGGUGUCGUUUUGUUCCUGGUAAUUCAAAAAAUUAAGACUGAUGGUGCUUUAAAAGCCUGUGUUCAGUACUGUAACUACAUGUUUUUAUGUGCAUAAACAUUGAAACAGCACUGUUAAAACAUUAAACUGUGUUGUUUUUUGUCUACAUGAUCUUGUAUUCUUAGAUGUAUUGUUAAAAUUGUUGGGUGAAUGUUACAAAGGCUUUCAAAAACAUUUCAGUCAAAAAGAAAGAAAUAUUAAGCACAUCAACCCCGUCUCCAAAAUCAGUAUUGUAAAAAUAAAAUGUAUACAUUGUAGUAUUUGUUGUACUUCAAUUUAACUUUAUAUGUUAUAUUACACUAAUGAGAAUGUAAUAGGAAUCAUCUAUAAUGAGAAUUACAGAAAAUUGGUUGGGUUGUGCUUUAUUUUCCAUUAUGCAGAGGAUAAUUUCUUAUGUUGAAUUCUGCAAUAAACUUUUUUUUG